GCAGUCUGUAGAGAGCCACUGACGGCUCGUUAGCUAGCACGUACAUGCUCUCCGUGAAUUUGUCAGUCACUGUAGAAUCAAAGAAGUACAGACACAUGCAGAGAAUACCUGACCAGUGUUCGAAAAAGAAAGAAAAACAGAAGGAAACAUCCAACAGCAUGGGACAUGAACAAACAGCGAUGUAAACAUAGCAUUAGCUUAGCGGCUAAGGCGAGCUAACAGCUACUAGCUUCGUUGCAAGGUGAACAAUGAGUGAUGAUGCAGGCCAGAGGUGAUGAAGAGGUUGCAGAUGGCCAAAAUAUUCGGCCAUCUAACGCGAAUGUUUGUCCUUCCGAGUCCAGAGAUGAGAGGUCCAAUGUGUCUCCAGAAAACAUUGAUGUGGAUGAAGAGGGUUUGUUCAUACACCCCACCACUCUGACCAACAAGCAGCGUGGGAAUGAGGUUACAGUACGCCCAGCAACAUUAGACUCUCUGUCUAUACACCAGUUGGCAGCUCAAGGUGAGGUUUCACAAGUGGCUGCACACCUGAGUAAAGACAGUUCACUGCUGAGCAAACAGGAUGAACGGGGCUUUACGCCUCUCAUGUGGGCAGCAGCGUUUGGAGAGAUAGCAGUGGUGGAUUUUCUCUUGGAAAAGGGCGCAGACCCCAAAGCAAUUGCGAGAGAGCGAGAGAGUGCCCUGACACUGGCCAGCUCUGGGGGUUAUGUGGACAUUGUCGAGGCUCUUCUCAGACAUGGAGUAGACAUUAACACUUACGACUGGAACGGUGGGACUCCUCUUCUUUAUGCUGUACGAGGGAACCACAUCAAAUGUGUAGAGGCACUCUUGGCCAAAGGGGCUGACAUGACCAUUGAGUCUGACUCUGGGUACAGUCCAAUGGCUUUGGCUGUUGCCCUUGGACACAAAAAGAUUCAGAAAGUGUUGGAGGACCAUAUUCUGAAACUCUACAAGCCAACAUGACACUGGUUAAAGUCAAUAACUGGAAAUCUGGGCUCACACACUUGAUCUCAGAUCUGCAACCAGCUUUCAUCGAUGGUGAGAUGACCAAGACUUCUGUCACAAUAACAAGACAUUGUAAUAGAUCAGUUUAUAUGCAGAGACAUUUAAAAUAAAAUGCAACAUUGUGCAGCAGAAUUAUUUUGUUUGGCUGAAGGACAGCAAAAAAGGACUGUGAACCGAGUUUUAAUAAAAAUUUAUUUUUAUAAUGUGUGUUCCACUGGAAUGGCGCUUCAACUUAAAGGCACAAUAUAAGUUCAGAAAGCAUCAUUACAAGUGCUCUUAUAAUCACAAGAAACACAUUAAAUCUGCAAUUAAGAUUUGGACUCUGUGCCAAGCCUUCUGUGUUUGAGUAAUGAAGAGUGAUAUGGCUGUACAGAUCCCCCGAAAGCAUCCAUACCAAAAAAGGCCACAUUCACAUCAGUUCAUGAGGUGGCAGCACAGAUGACAUGUUUCCCAAGUGCCACCACACCAUCCUGCAUUUUACUCAGGAGUCAUUUCCUCU